AGACAAGACCCAUUCACGCCAUAACAAUCGACCUCAAUCAUCCAACAUCCCUCCAGAUUGCGGGUAUUGUGUGUUCUGUGACUGAGAUUUGAGACAACCACCCAGGAGAAAGUGCAUGGACCAAAAUUCUUAAAGAAGUUUAAGAAAUUUUUUAAGACUUUAAGAUUUAUGAUCUGAACUCUGCAUUAGUGCUCCUAAGAAGUGGAUGUUGAAGAAAAAUUGAAGAUUUGUGAUUAAGUGAUUAACGGAAAGAUUUAAAGUGAAAGUUAUGACGACCCUUACCCACCCUCACUAUGGAUUUCCACUAUCAAUGGGCUUGGACAUGCCAACACCGGGUGACUUUGCACCAACAUCAAACCACAGUCCGACGGAUAUGAAGCCACGUUUGAGCUUUCCACCCACAUCGGCCAGCCUCACCGUCGGGCAGCAGCAAAUUCAGACAUCAGUUAGCCAAUCAAGUGCUCCAUCUCAGGGCAAUGUGACAACAUCCCCAGGCCAGGAUGGGCACAUUAAGCGCCCCAUGAAUGCCUUUAUGGUGUGGUCGCGUAUGAAGAGGCGUCAAAUUGCCAAGGAUAACCCGAAGAUGCACAAUUCGGAGAUCUCAAAGCGCUUGGGGGCUGAGUGGAAGCUCCUUAAUGAAGCUGAAAAACGCCCCUUUAUUGAUGAGGCUAAACGCCUACGGGCGCAACAUAUGAAGGAGCACCCAGACUACAAGUACAGACCCCGCCGAAAGCCGAAGAAUCCCCUUGCAACGAAUGGAGCAUCAAACUUACCCCUUUCCAUGCAGGCACCUGGCAAGACACCCCUAGGUUCUGCUUACAAUCCCUUCCAUCAGCUACCACCAUACUUUGCUCCCAGCCCAUUGGAUCAUUCCACCUACCCUGUGCCAUACUUUGGAGGCUUUGACCCACUCACCCUCAGUAAGUUCCAUCAGAGUCAAGCAACAGCUCAACCCACCGUCUUGGAGGCCCAAAAAGCACCCCAGAUGCCCGCUACGAGUCUCGGCUCCUUCUAUUCGGGCAUCUACACGGGAAUUUCAGCAGCACCUGCCCUGUAUGCAGCUCACUCCGCCACCAAUGCCUACACAUCAUCAGUUAGCUCCACGUCACCAAGCUCGAGCCCCGGCACCACAACAUCCCCCAUGGACAUCGUUGACACCCUCAGGAGGCCUGUUCCUGUAAUCUACUAAGCAGGCAGCAGAGCAUUUUCACACACUCCAAGGGGAUGCUAAGCCCCGCACCAGCAGACUGGACAGAGCACGCGUAGCUCCUAAAUUUUCAUCCUAGGGCGUGUAUCUACCCCCCUAGAUUCGUUCAAGUGUAUUUAAUAGCACGUAGUUAGGAUACAUAACUUUCUUAAUUAAUAUUAUUAUGAAAAACCUUUGUGUUAUAUGUUUAAUUUUCACCCAGACUCACACCCCCAUAAACCACCCUCUAUGUAAAUACCUCUUUUAUGGGGAUGAGCCAUCUAUACUAGUGUGUAGCGAAACCAGGAAUAUAGACGUUGUUUUCUACUUCAAAUGUACAGUAUUUUUAAAAAUAUUCUUACCCCAUAAAAUUAAUGUAAAGAACUUCUAAUUAUUUGUCAAAACCCUUUGAGUUUAGCUUUAUUUGUUGGAGGAUGGUCAAACUGAGGCCAAUGUAGUGUUUAAGAAAGAAUAAAAAAAUAAAAGAAACCAAUGUUGCGGAGUGACAAGUAAAUGAAAAUAAAUUAAGUAUA